AUGCACAAAGACGCAGACGUACAAGAUGUGAUACAAAGAUCAAUAUGUCACCCCAAGAACGCCGAAUCGCCCAUGGAAGAGGAAACUAGCGGUACAUCAAUGGACAUCAACCUUGCAGUAGCUGGGAUGGAAACCCAUUUCUCGACGAGCCCGACUGUGGAUAUGUUACCCUUGUUGGAAUUCCAAACGCCACAGGGUGUCAGGCAUUCAUUCUCGGCUGGACAGGAGUCCAAUUCUGUAGGAAAUGUAAGCUCACUGUCUCGGCUGUCUAGGGGUGGACCUACCUUCGCACCUAAUCGUACUCGUAUUGAGAAGUUGCCGAAGAUGACUCGCCCUCGACAUCAUGCACCUGGACUGUCAGCGCAACAAAUACAGGCUCCUCUACUUACUACCAAGACGGCUUCUGGUACAUCUGGAAGGAGUAGCAUCAAGGCCCAGCAGUCUUUCCUCGACUCUGCUCUGUCUAACGCCCCGCAGACCAAGGCUGAGCAACAAAAAGAGCUUAAAAGGAAGUCUGAGCGGGAGUCACACUCACCGGGCCCUGAGGAUCUCGAAAGCCUCAUGUUGGAAAUGAUACAAAAAGCGAAAGACCAGGUCAAACGCGAAGACAAGUCUGCAGAACAAUCACGGCCGGAGAAGAAUGCUGUGUUGAUGGAUAUGGUAACGGAACUCUUCAACAAAGGUCCAGGAUCCUCUCAUACAGGGCAGCGUCGCUCCACUAAAAACUCUUCUCAUAAUGACAAGAAAUGUCCACAGCCGAAUUGCAAAUUCGCUGUCGCUCGUGUAUGCGAUCUGCGCAAACACAUGAAGCGACAUUACCGGCCUUAUGGCUGCACAUAUCCCAAGUGCCACAAGCGGUUUGGUGCAAAGUCAGACUGGAAGCGUCACGAGAACAGCCAACACUUCCAGCAGGAAGCCUUCCGCUGCGGUCAAGCACUACAGACAGGCGAGAUUUGCGGUGUACACCUUCAUCGAGAAGGAGCAUUUAGAAGCCACUUGGAGAUACAGCAUAAGCUCCCGCAUGAGGUAGUCCAGGCACGUGUAGAGGACAGCAGGAUCGGCAAGAACUGCCAAGGUUCGUUCUGGUGUGGCUUGUGUAAAGCCGUAAAGCAGCUCGAAGAACGGCGCAAUGCAGCGUGGGACGAGCGAUUCGAUCAUAUCGCGCGUCACUUUGAGAGGGACAAGAGAAGUAUCGAUGAGUGGAUCUGCGCUGAGGAGAACCGGCCGAAGAAAGACUUGCUGGAAGAGAAGAGGAAACAUGAAUUUUUCGAUGAUGAGGACGAGAGGGAGAAGGCCGGAGACGUAGAUGCUACUGGAGAGGAUGAUGAUGUUCUGCAGCCACAACCGCCACCUCCACACAACAUGCCUGGUAUGUCGAUGCCAAACCAUGCAGCAUGUCCGCCUCCGCCACCGGCAGACUUUGGGCAGCCAGGAAAAAGGAAGCGAUCGGCUGAAGACGACGCAUUUGCUCCGCGCCCCCCAAAACGCAAGCAGACUACGUUCAUAUUGAACCGCUACUGUUGCUCGUGUAAGAAUCCGUGUGGUGCCGUAGAUGUUGCGUGUAUUACUUGCCCGCAUGAGUUGUGCGACAACUGUGGAUUCCAAGAGGAAGAGGCUUUUAUGAUGGAUUUCUUCCCGUGA